AAGGAAAAUGGAAACUGAGAGGCUGCCCAUGGCCAUAGAAUGAGACUCCUUUCAGUAGGAGUUUUUUUCAACAGGCUUAGUGAGAAGGAUCUCCAUUUUGGUCUUGGUUAAUCUAUGUUUCAUCAGUCUUCCCCCGCACCCCUUUCCUUUCUUCCUUUCAGGAUUUUCCUGAAAGAAUGUAAUCUCUUGGGAAGUCUUUAUCAUCAUCUGCAGACUCAAAAAUGAGAUAUUGUAAUGAAACAGGUUUACAAGUGCUCUAAAUGAGUGGUAGCCUUCCAGUUAGUUCCCCCUCAGGAGGUUAAACAUCUACUUGACAGCACUCAAAUAAUUUAGAAAUACUCCUCUUGGAACAGCUUUUACAGCCAGUACCAAAGACGUACAAAGCAGUACUUAUACUGGCUAUUUGUGGUCUCCUAGCAAAAUAACACAGCUUGGCUGAUGCAAUCAAGGGCAGCUGUGUGCCUCCAUCAUCUCCAACUUCCUCUGAUGCAGUAACUUUGGAAGUCACAUAUUCCAGAUGGUGUGGCUACAAAUGGAUGAGGUGUGGCUGCAAAGGAAUGCUGCUGUUGCAUUUGCAUUUACAUUCCCGAACUGACUACUUAAAAUGAGGACCAGACCUGGCCCCUCUAGAUCAGACAUCACAGAGCAGAAGACGAACAGAGCUCCAGGACCCCAAGACAGAGCCACAAACUGUGGCGAUCCCUGGCCCAGGUCCUAUCCUUCAUCAAGGUUCCUGUUGAGUCAUUUCAUCCCACUGAAAAUGUCCUUUUUGGAGGAGAAUUCAGGUGUGAAAACGGACUCUGAAGACUGGGAAAGAGAUGAAUCCCAGUCCUGCUCAGAAGACCCAGCCAGAAGCCCCCUGGGGCCAGGCCUGAGCCUUACCUCCAUGAGUUCUGCACACUCAUCUCCAAAAGUGACGGCCAAAGCCCCGGAGAAAUUCAGCAUUUAUGACCAAGAUCACAAAGUAUUGGUCCUGGACUGCGGGAUCCUCAGAGCAGUUCCGGAUAGACCCUACAUCCUCCCAGAGACCUUCUUUGUACUAGCUUCCCACUUGAGCUCAGCCUGUGAAGAGAAAGGAAGUCCAAUUCUCCUGGCAGUCUCUAAAGGAGAGCUCUGUCUCUGCUGUGAGAAGGACAAAGGACAAAGCAAGCCAUCCCUUCAGCUGAAGAAGAAAAAACUGACUGACUUGGCUACCGAGAAGGAACAAGCACGUCAACCGUUCAUCUUUUAUAGGGCUGAGGUGGGCUCCAAGAACACACUGGAGUCAGUCACCCACCCUGGAUGGUUCAUUUGCACCUCCUGCAAUUCUGGUGAACCUGUUGGAAUGACAGAUAUUCUUGGGAAAAGGGAACACACUGAGUUUUCAUUCCGGCGAGUUCACAAAGCUGAAAUGAGCCCCAUUGAGGCCACUGAGUAGAAAACUGCCCUAUGCAAUGCCUUCCUGUACUUUCCUCUCUCACACCAAGCGCAGAAGAACGUGGAGCCUACUUGUUAACAUUUUUCAUUUCUCAUUAGUACUUUGAGAAUUCAUGUCUUUAGGUCAUAGAUAAAAUGAUUGAUUAAUUGUAGAGUUCUUAGAUGAAAUAAAGUUCUGGUUGGAACGA